AUGCCCUCGUUCACCAAGAUCGCCGUCUCGUCCCUUGUCGCCUUCGCCUACUCAGCCAACGCCGCGCCGAUCCUUUCGGGCCUCGGCGGAACCGCGAGCGGUAACGCGAAUGCGAAUGCCAAUGCCCACGCUGGCGCCAAAGUCAACACCAACGGGAUCGUCGCUGCUGGUACGACUACCGACCUCAAGGUGUUUGCGGAUGCCUUCCUCAAAGUCGCCACGGGUGGACGUGCCACCUCUUGCGACAACGUCAAUCUCGGUCUGGUCACUGGCCUCGCUACCAACCUGAAGGCCUCCCUCUUCAGCAAGCUCGCCGUAACCCAAUGCAUAGGGUCAUACUCCGAUGCUGUUGCUUGCACCGAGUUUGGCGCAUACCUUGCCGUUUCGUAUUACGCCUACAUCUCGGGCUGGACCGGUGCUACCCUAUUCGCUGCUCUGGAGACCACCCGGGUGAACCGCUUCCACGCUCUCCUCGACGGAUUCUGCGGGGCGCAAGGGGCCCCCGCCGGCACGUGCGAUGACUGGUUGACUCAGUGGAACACUUUCGAAUACGCUUCUGCUGGGAUCAAGGCCGACGUCCAGGCUGCUGCUAAGGCCAACCUCCAAAAGUCCGGACUCCUCACCGUCUGCGACACUACCGCCAUCGUCAAAGCCGCCGCCAACGGCAAGAUCAUCGUCAACGCCAGCGCGAACCUUGCCGCCCACGCCGCCGCCGUGGUCAAGGCCGACGCCAACAGCAAGGUCGGGGCUGUCGUCCACCGCGGUCUUGCUCUCGGCGGGCAGGGCGCUGGUCAAGCCAACGGCGUCCUCGGUGCAUCUCUCGAAUCCCUCACCGGCAACAAGCACCACAACGACCGCAUCAUCUCCAACCUCGUCGCUGGUGUCGGUGCGGCUGGCCACGCGAACGGAGCAGCUCAUCUCGGCGGUCUCAUCGACCGUGACCUCCUCGACACCGCUCACAUUGUCGGUGGCGCGCAGGGCCAGGGAUCGGCCCACGGUGCCGGCUUCCUCGGUAUCACUGGCGAUAAGCUCGACCUCGGCCUCGCCGGCCUGGGCCACGGUCAGAGCCACGGCGCAGGAUUCCUGGGUGUCACUGGCGACAAGCUUGGUCUCGGCCUUGCGGGCGAGGGGAAGGGCAAGGGGUUCUUGGGGGCUGUUAUCGCCUGA